AUGACUACCGCCGACAAGCCCCGUCUCUCGCGGCAGACCAUGUGCGACCGGCUGGCGAUGGAAUUCCAGGACGGUUGGAUCGUGAAUCUAGGCGUGGGUAUGCCCACGCUGUGUUCCAACUACCUGGAAUGCGAGCCCGACAAAGAGAUCAUCUUCCACUCGGAAAACGGGGUUAUCGGCUUUGGGCCCCUGGCCCCGGCGGGCGAGGAGGACAGGCACCUGGUCAACGCCGGCGGCCAGAACGUGGUCGCCCUGCCCGGUAUGGCCAUCGUGCAUCACGCCGAUUCGUUCGGGCUGAUCAGGAAGGGAAUGGUGGACGUGACGGUGAUGGGGGCGUACGAGGUAUCCGAAAACGGCGAUUUUGCCAACUGGCGCAUACCCGUGCGCAAAGGCGGCGGCAUCGGCGGCGCAAUGGACCUGGCCGCCUGCGCCAAGCGGGUGUUCAUCGCGAUGGAGCACAACCAGCGGAAUGGCGCGCCUCGCGUUCUCAAGCAAUGCAGCCUGCCCAUCACCGCGCCCGGCGCAGUCAAGCUUCUGGCGACAGACUUGGGAUUGUUCGAGAUCACCGAGGCGGGGUUUGUUCUGCGCGAGAACGCGCCGGGAUGGUCGCCGGAGGAUAUCCAGGAGCAGACGGAGGCUGAGUUGAUCAUCGCCGACGACCUGCGGGAGAUGCGGGUGCGGCCGGCGUAG